UCCCGCCUCUCCCCGCACUCCCGCACUCCCGCCGUCUCCGCCUCCUCACCCAGGUCCAACGCCGUGUCGCCGGUGGGCCCUCCGCCUCCCUCGCAGAUUCGCCACCGUCCUCGGCCGCCGCCGGCUCGCCGCUCGCCAGUCGCCCCUCCGCCUCCCUCCCCCCGUAACCGCCCCUCCCCUCUCAGAUCCGGCGUCCUCGCCCGCCGCCGGCUCGCCGGUCGCCCCUCCGCCUCCCUCCCCGUAACCCUGCUUCUCCCCUAGCCCCUCCGCGGCUCCGCCUCCCUCCCCGGCUCCUCCCCCCGACCCCUCGCAGAUCCGCCUCCCUCCCUGGUUCCCCACCGUUGCGGUUCGUCUUCUCCGGCUCCGGGCUCCGGGCUCCGGCUGCGCAGUCUCCUACGGGGGCCGCGCGUCGUUGAGGAACGGAGCCGCCGAAACCCUACCCCGCACCCGCUCCGCUCCCGCUUCGAGCCGCCUCUCCCUGCACUCCCGCAGUCCCGGCGUCUCGACGCCUCCGCACUCCCGGCGUCCUGCAAGUUAGCCCAACAUUAAGCGGACCCCACGUGCCAGUGACACAUCUAGAAAGCAGCCCACUUGUCUAAUCCGACUCCACCUCGCCGGACUGCCCAAUUCCUUCCAUCUCCAAACCCGAAAAAAAUCCUUGGAACCCUAGACUCCCUACCUCUGUCCUGCUCGCUCCGCCGUCCAUCCACUCUACUGCCGGCGGCAGAGAGAAGACCCAACCCGUCGGCUUGAUCUGAGCCAUGGACAAGCAGGGGGCAGAGAAGGUGCCGGAGGAGAAGCAACUUGAUGAGAAAGAGUUAGAAAGGAAGCUGAAAAAAGAUCAAAAGGCAAAAGAGAAAGAAGAAAAAAAACUUAAGGCGAAACAAAAGGAGGCAGCUAGGCUCCAGGCACAAGCAGCCUCAGAUGGAACAAAGAAGACUGAGAAAAAACAAAGGAAGAAAGCUGCGGAGGAUGAAAAUCCAGAGAAUUUCAUUGAUCCAGACACUCCUAAUGGCGGGAAGAAAUUGCUUGCGCCUCAGAUGGCCAAGCAAUACAGUCCAAGUGCCGUUGAGAAAUCAUGGUAUGCCUGGUGGGAAUCAUCAGGAUAUUUUGGGGCAGAUUCUGCAAGCCCAAAACCACCAUUUGUUAUAGUUCUGCCACCGCCUAACGUGACUGGAGCUCUUCACAUAGGCCAUGCGCUUACAGUGGCUAUAGAGGAUGCUAUGAUACGGUGGCGUAGGAUGUCAGGUUACAAUGCACUAUGGGUCCCUGGAGUGGACCAUGCUGGCAUUGCUACACAGGUUGUUGUAGAAAAGAAGCUUAUGCGUGAAAGGAAGCUGACAAGGCAUGACAUAGGGCGUGAAAAUUUUGUUUCUGAAGUACUCAAAUGGAAAGAUCAAUAUGGUGGUACCAUAUUGAAUCAAUUGCGCCGGCUUGGGGCCUCACUUGAUUGGUCCCGUGAGGCUUUUACAAUGGAUGAGCAAAGAUCAAAAGCUGUAACUGAAGCUUUUGUAAGGUUACACAAGGAAGGCCUGAUAUAUAGAGACUAUCGCCUUGUGAAUUGGGAUUGCACACUUCGAACUGCAAUCUCUGACAUCGAGGUUGAUCAUAUUGAUCUUAAAGAUGAAACUAUGCUAAAGGUCCCUGGUUAUUCCAAUGAGGUGCAGUUUGGUGUAUUGAUAUCUUUUGCCUAUCCUCUUGAGGAAGGACUGGGUGAGAUUGUUGUAGCAACCACCAGGAUCGAAACAAUGCUGGGCGAUACUGCAAUAGCUGUUCACCCCGAGGAUAAAAGGUAUAAGCAUCUGCAUGGAAGGUAUGCAGUCCACCCCUUCAAUGGCCGAAAACUCAAAAUAAUCUGCGAUGCUGAGUUAGUCGAUCCCACUUUUGGUACUGGGGCUGUCAAGAUUACACCUGCCCAUGAUCCAAAUGACUUCGAGGUUGGAAAACGGCAUAACCUGGACUUCAUCAAUAUCUUCACUGAUGACGGAAAAAUAAACAGCAAUGGAGGUGCACAAUUUGAAGGAAUGCCAAGAUUCACUGCUCGAGUAUCAAUUAUUGAGGCGCUGAAGAAAAAAGGGUUGUAUAAGGACACAAAGAAGAAUGAAAUGAGCUUGGGUGUUUGUUCAAGAACUAAUGAUGUAGUGGAGCCUAUGAUAAAACCACAGUGGUUUGUUAAUUGCAACUCCAUGGCCAAGGCAGGUCUUGAUGCUGUGAGGUCCAAAAAGAUUGAGAUCAUUCCCCAGCAGUAUGAACAAGACUGGUACAGGUGGCUUGAAAACAUACGUGAUUGGUGUGUUUCGAGGCAACUUUGGUGGGGACAUCGUGUACCUGCAUGGUAUGUGACACUAGAAGAUGACCAGGAUAAAACCCUUGGUUCUGAUAACGACCGUUGGAUAGUCGCAAGAAAUGAAAGCGAUGCAAACCUGGAGGCACAGAAAAAAUAUCCAGGAAAGAGAAUGUGGCUAGAUCAAGACCCUGAUGUGCUGGACACAUGGUUUUCAUCUGGUCUCUUCCCCUUAACAGUACUUGGUUGGCCGUCCGAUACUGCUGACCUCCGUGCUUUCUACCCUACUUCGGUACUAGAAACUGGACUCGAUAUUCUCUUCUUUUGGGUAGCACGGAUGGUGAUGAUGGGACUGCAACUGGGUGGUGAUGUGCCAUUUCAGAAGGUUUAUUUACACCCUAUGAUCCGUGACGCACACGGAAGAAAGAUGUCAAAAUCACUUGGUAACGUUGUUGAUCCUCUUGAGGUGAUAAAUGGCAUGUCACUGGAAGGUCUUCUGAAACGUUUGGGAGAAGGCAAUCUGGAUCCAAAUGAAUUAAACAUUGCCAAAGAAGGGAAGAAGAAAGAUUUUCCUGAUGGCAUAGCUGAAUGUGGUACCGAUGCCCUCCGCUUCGCACUGAUUGCUUACACUUCCCAGUCUGACAGGAUAAAUCUUGACAUCAAGAGAGUGGUUGGAUACAGACAAUGGUGCAACAAAUUAUGGAAUGCCAUCCGUUUUGCGAUGGGCAAACUGGGUGAUCAUUACAUUCCACCUUCAACUGUUGAUGUAUCUUCGAUGCCACCAAUCUGCAAGUGGAUACUCUCAGUGCUUAACAAGGCCAUUGGCAAAACUGUUAGCUCUUUAGAAGCAUACAAAUUAUCUGAUGCUACAUCUACUAUAUACUCUUGGUGGCAGUACCAGCUAUGUGAUGUAUUUAUAGAAGCUAUCAAACCUUACUUCUUCAGCGAUUCUCAAGAGUUUGAAUCAGCAAGAGCUGCCUCCAGAGAUACCCUGUGGAUAUGCCUGGAGACUGGUCUGCGCCUGCUCCACCCAUUCAUGCCUUAUGUAACAGAAGAGCUCUGGCAGCGUCUUCCACAGCCCAAAGAUUCUUGUAGGAAAGAUUCCAUUAUGAUUUCAGAAUAUCCAUCCCUUGUUGAGGGAUGGACUAACGAUAGACUUGAAAAUCAAAUGGACAUUGUCUUGGAUGCUGUGAACAGAAUAAGGUCACUGAAGCCACCAACAGAUUCAAAUGAGAGACGACCUGCUUUUGCACUCUGCCGAGGCCAAGAGAUUGCUGCCACUAUCCAAUGCUAUCAAUCUCUAAUCGUGUCCCUUUCCUCCGUAUCACAUCUCAAGAUCCUGACAGAGAACGAUGAAACUCCAGCUGACUGUGCAACUGCUGUUGUAAACAAAGACUUAUCUGUGUACCUUCAGCUCCAAGGAGCUCUAGAUGCAGAUGCUGAACGUGAAAAGCUAAGGAAGAAAAAAGACGAAAUUCAAAAGAUGCAACAUGCGCUGUCACAGAAAAUGGACGCCUCUGGUUACCGCGAGAAGGCUCCACAGAAUGUGCAGGAAGAGGACAUGAGGAAGCUCACCGCCCUAUUGGAACAACUGGAGGUCAUCAGUGAAGCUGAGAAGAAAUUAGAUGCAAAAAUUUGAAAUAACUGAGUCUCUGGCCUCUGUUUCAAAGAUGCUCUGCUUGUACGGAAGUUGAUCCCGCAUCUUUUUUUUGUUCAAAAAGCUCCGUUAUGUACCUGUACGUUCAGGUUUAUAAUUGAUGGCUCAGAUCAAAAUUGCAGUUGCAUUUUCCAGCGUGUAAGAAAUGUACUGACGGUCUAUACAGAACAGUAUUUUUUGGAUGUCCGAUAUUGGCAAA